AAUCGAACUGGGAGCGCCGUGGUGGCCGUCGUCAGUUCUGUAAGACGGAGCUAAAUUUCAUUUGCUAAAAUAGAAAUAUACUUUGGCUAAGACGAGAGAGGAUAAAACCGAAUGUAAAAACACAAAGUGGGAGAGACAUGUUGAAAAAGUUUUUCAUCGUAAUAGAGUUCCGAUCACUUACAGCCCGAUCACUAGUGCAAUCACGUCACUUAUCGCUGAAUUGUUGCGAUAUCACUGAUGCACAAGUGCACGCGGGAUAGAAAGAUAGUGCGACUCGAGGAAAAGAGGGUAACUCGAGCCUGAAGUGUGUCUCGAAAUUUGCGAAGCUCCUGUUAUCAAGUAAGAUUGUUUCGUUGCUCCGUGAGUGCCAAGCGGAGUGAAGAAAUCCGAGUUGAAUGGGGUUUCGGUCGUGAGGGUUUGACGAGGUUUGAUAAACGAGGAGGAGAGCGAAGUUCGUUGUAGAGGUGGAAGAGCUGCGGCACCGCCACCGACCAAGAACGACCGAUUUCGUUGGAGUUUAAUCACAUCCUCGAUCAGGCAGGAUAUCGCGAGUUCUCUCCUUGAAAUCACAAUGGCGUCCAACUUCGUGUUCGUGGAAUCGUGGCCGGUUGCGAUCGACUGCGAUAUAUUUCCAUAAAUAUCGACAUAUACAUCGUCCUCGGUACAUCGCUCGAUGCAUCGCUGAUUCAAAUGAGCAGACUACCUACUAAUUAUCAUUCUUCGAAACGUUUUCGGUAGCCAGUGGACGAUUAAACAGGCAACAUGAAAAGAAUCCGCAAGAGGCACCCACCGAAGAUAAAAUCGUGCCAAAUCGCGGCAGUGAUAGUGUACGCGGUGAUUGCGUUAGGUGCAUGAUGUUCCCGCCUGGGGGUAUCUAGCGGUGUUUCUCGUCGUCCAUCGUUCAGUGAAUGUUGCUUAUCGUGAUGUAAGAAUCUAGGCGAUAGCGAGAUGGAUGUGUAUGACGCGCGAUUUAUGAUUUAUUUAGUUCUCGAUUAAUUCGAGCAUUUCGGAAGAAAGGCAACAGUCCAACGGCACCAGUCCAACAGCAUUCGUAAAUAAUCUGUGUUCGAGUUAGAAGUUAUGCCAUGUUCUUCGAGAAGGAAUGGACGAAUAUCAAUGAUAAACGAACAUUUGACGCGCGUAUCGCAUUGAUCGUUUCCGAAUUGCUGCCCGAAUGAAACUAAGAAAAUGUACAAUAACUCGGAGAUAAUUGAAUUGAUUCGUUAAAUUUCCUCGACUCGCAGAGUUCGCGUAUUCUAUCGUAUCGCACACAAGUUACCACGACGAAGAGCACGAUGUCGCGUGAAAUCGCGAUAGAACACGGCAGACCGGUACCGGACCUCGCGAGAAAGUGAUAACGGCGAACGAAGAGUGUGGAAAGAGAAGGAAGGAUCGUGGCGGUUCGACAUCGACAGUUUUUACAGGACAACCUUUCAACCUGGCGGACCAAGAGGAAGGCAGUGGCUCGGCGGCGAUGCAGGGCAAGGAGAGCCCCGUUGGGUCCAACACCCAGGAGACCCAUCAGUACGUCGGCCCAUAUCGGUUGGAAAAGACCUUGGGAAAAGGCCAGACUGGAUUGGUUAAACUCGGCGUGCACUGUGUAUUGGGUAAGAAGGUAGCGAUCAAGAUUAUCAACCGCGAAAAGCUUUCGGAAUCCGUGUUGAUGAAAGUGGAGCGUGAGAUUGCCAUUAUGAAACUGAUCGACCAUCCGCACGUGCUUGGCCUCUCGGACGUGUACGAAAACAAGAAAUAUCUAUAUCUCGUUCUGGAACACGUAUCAGGCGGAGAAUUGUUUGAUUAUUUGGUUAAAAAGGGCAGAUUGACCCCGAAGGAAGCGAGAAGAUUUUUUCGACAAAUAAUUUCCGCAUUAGAUUUUUGCCACAGUCAUAGUAUAUGCCAUAGAGAUUUAAAGCCCGAGAACUUGUUGCUGGAUGAAAAAAAUAACAUUAAGAUAGCAGACUUCGGAAUGGCGUCCUUACAACCCGCGGGCUCUAUGCUGGAGACUAGUUGCGGAUCGCCUCAUUACGCUUGCCCCGAAGUCAUUAGAGGUGAAAAGUACGACGGUAGAAAGGCAGAUGUAUGGUCCUGCGGGGUAAUACUUUACGCGCUUUUAGUAGGCGCCUUACCCUUCGACGACGACAAUCUGAGAAAAUUGUUAGAGAAAGUUAAACGUGGAUUGUUUUACAUACCGCACUUCGUGCCACCCGAGUGUCAAAAUUUGCUUAGAGGCAUGAUAGAAGUCGAUCCCGAAAAAAGAUUGACGUUAGCGGAAAUAAAUAGGCAUAUUUGGGUAACGGCGGCAGGUAAAGGUGAAUUAGAAUUGGAACUGUCGAUGAUGGACGUGGUGCAAACGCACGUUAUUCCGUCCGUGGAGGCGAUCGAUCCCGACGUGUUGCAGGCGAUCGCGAGUCUUGGUUGCUUCAAGGAGCGCGACAAACUCAUUCAAGAGUUGCUCAGUCCAAACCAUAAUACGGAGAAGGUGAUAUACUUCCUGCUGCUGGAGAGGAAACGAAGAAGACCGGCUUGCGAGGAUGAGCUUGAGGUAAUGAGAGGUGGCAUGAGAGGAUCUGCCGGACAAUUGGAGGUUGAUCCGCCGAGGAAACGGGUGGAUACGUGUAGAGUGAACGGAAGUACCGCGCUUAAUCUCGGACAGAUCAGCCAUGGCUCGCCUUUGACACCCAGAAGACAAUCCAGCACGAGACACCACGCGCGUCGAUCACCUAGCACGGGUGGAUGCCAUACCCACGCGUCUCAUUCGCACACAUCGACACCGGGCAGUUCGCCGUUGCACGCACCCGUGGGUCUACUAAGUCCCCACAGAGCGGUACCGACGUCGCACAUGGGCCAGACGAUCGUCGCCGGUGCACAUAGACUGUCCACCGGUGGUGGUACUACCGCUACCAUCGCCGGAAACGGCGGUAGCCCCACGAGUCAAAGCGUCCCGACGCCGACGCCAGCGCUCGCCAACGUUGGUAUUGAACUCAACGACGUGCAGCCUGUAGUCGCGGUCGGCGUUACACCGCCGGGAUCGCCUCACACGGGAGCGGGAUCUGGAGCUCAUCACUGGAGAUCGCGAUUGACCACGUUCAAAAAUUCUUUCUUGGGCAGUCCCAGAUUUCAUCGUCGUAAAUUGCUCACUAGUACCGAAGAGGUACAUCUCACGCCGGAUUCUUCGCCGGAACUUACGAAGAAAUCAUGGUUCGGUAGUUUGAUGACUACGGAAAAAGACGAAACCUUCACCGUUUUAGUCAAAGGAAAACCGCUAGCCAGUGUGAAAGCUGAUCUAAUCCAUGCUUUUUUAUCGAUAGCAGAAUUAUCUCAUAGCGUGAGUUCGCCGAUGUCGUUCAGAGUGGAAUAUAAGAGAGGUAGCACCGCACCAGCCAUGUUUCAAAGACAAGUGCGAUUUCAAGUUGACAUUAGUGCAAUCUCGAAGCAGCCAAACGAGCCCCUCUUUGCCAUUACCUUCACAUUAUUGAGCGGGAAUAUCCGAAGAUUUAGGCGAGUGUGCGAGCACAUCCAGUCUCAAGUGUGUUCGAGAAAUGUGGGCAUAAACUUGGGAGGGCAAAGCAGAGCUGCACCGCCUAGUCCAAGGGCCUCCAGAAAAUUUACCGCGGAAAUGAGUGAGAGUUCCAGCUGCGGCAGCGACACUAGCGAAAGACUUUUUCUCAAUCCUCAUCCAGCUACCAGACAGGUAGUCUGUUUUAACAAGAUCGAUUCGGACAUAGAGUCGGAUACGUCUGUAUUCGAUGUCAAGUCGCCGACUCGCGAGAAUGGUAGAAGGAGCUCAACGUCGACGAACAACAACAAUGCCCUGCCGAGCGAUACGACACCGACGCCAGGUAGCCCGCCAAAAGCGGUGCGAAGUAAUUCGGAAAGCCAAAAUACGCCCGAGAAAAAAUGUGUCACUACAAUGAGUGGCAACAACAUAGCGUGAUACUACCAGAACCUUCGCUUUGAGUUCCGAUCAAGUCUGAAGAGCCUAUGGGACAGCGCUCAGAGGUCCUUCUGGUGAGGUUUCCUCUGACGAACGCUUACAGCGCUUUAACAGAACUGCAAAAAUGCGUGAAAUGCGUACAUAUCUAUAUACGUAAUACGACAUUGCAACAAACAAGAUUAAAUGAUCUAACAUCAUGGAUUUUAUUGUCAACGGUAAUAGCGAAAAGAAUAAUGAAUUAAGAAGUGACGGCGAGGGUACACGCACUUUCGCACAAUGUAUAAUUCGAAACAUCGAAACUUUCAGUGCAAGCUUCAGAUACUAGAGUUUUCAUUCUCAAAAUUAGAAAGUAUCUAAUUUUGUUUCGAAAGAUAUGAAAAAAUAAAAAUGUUCUUUGCGAACAAAAACUAAAUGUUAUAGAAGCUGUAUACUGCAAUAUUAAAUGCAAACAUCGUAUUCUGUGUUUGCAAAAUAAAUGAAUCUUCGAGAGACAUUAUUUUCAAAAUGCCUUCAGAUAAAACCGCCACGAACCUUGGUGAAUACGGCGUAUAUUUCGAUAAACAAGCCUACAUGAAGAAUCGUAUAAUUAAAAAGUGAAAUGUAAAAUAUAUUAAAAAACCGUGUUUCGCGUGAAGUUUAAGUGCAAUAAUAUAAUAUGAUUACUGAUAUCAUGAAGUUGUAUCGUGCCUGUGUUAAGUUUCACAAAUAAUGCUUUUCCGCGUUUAUUCGUUGAUUAGAAAAGGCACAAACACCAUUGCUUGAAACGCACCACGUCGAGAAAUUAUAAAUUGUUUGUCCCGCAAGUUACAAUUUUUAUUUACAUCCUCGUUUGCUUCUUUUGCAAUUUUGCAAUUGCAAAAUUUUUUAUUUGCUAUUUCAAUCAUUUAUAUCAAUCUCUUCAAAAUAAUCUGUCUAAACAUACAUUCCGACAUUUAACUACACUGACAGGAGACACGGUCGAGUGCGAAGAACGUCUCGAAAGAUCUAUCUUUUUUUUCACACAUAUAAUCGAAAAAAAAAAGAGUCUCGCGAUCGUAUACGAAGCGCAAAUAUGAUUUGCUUCUCGCAAGAAAAAGUGGAGGACGAUGAAGUCGACGAUGGCAUGCAAAACCCGCCGCGAAGCAAUUAAGGGCUAGCACGUUGCUGAAUGUAUAACUCAUAUAGGGAAAAAAAAA